AUGACCUAUCUACGUCAUAGACUUAAGUUCAUUCAUAUUCUAAAGUCUGCACCUCAGGCAAUAGAAAGAUGUGUUGAUUUUCUAGAACCUUUAGAUCCUUCUAAACAAGUAAUUGUAGACUGUCCACCUACUGCGAAUAAUGACGUUUAUGUUAAGCGUCAAACCACCAAUUUCUUGGUAGUAACUCAUGAUUAUACUGCUACUGCAGCCUUGUGUGCUGCUGGUAGUGCACGAUAUAAACCACUUACCUCAGAUGAUAAUAUCACAAGGCUUUAUCCUCGAACUCUUGCUAUGAAAGUUGGGAUAAUUACCUUGAAAACUCAGUUAAUCAAAAUUAUACCACCGUUAAAUAAGGCGGUACCUAUUGGAACUUCAUUUAACACUAACUCAGAAUUUGUCACUAAACUCCACAAUGGAAAUAUGAAGAAUCUGCUUAUGUCGGCAACUACUAAUGAUAAAUCUAGUUUACAUCCUUAUGUUCGAGGUUCUAGUAUAAGUCACGCCAGCGAAAUAUUUGAAUCAACUUUCGAUUUUUUGAUUACACGGAGUCAAAGCUCCUGGAGAAACACUAAAAGACUCGAAUGGGAAUUAUGGACGCAGAAUUUUUCUAUACUUGAAUCAAUAAAAUAUGAAACAGAUGCUUAUCCUAAUCCAAUUUAA